GAGAAACGGGAACAAAGAUCCUGAGCUAUGCACUUUUCGGUCGAUAUCAGCACGUUGCCGCACAUUCUUGGCUCGCACAGCAAUCGACAGUAGCCAUGACGGCCUAGGUAUAUCAAUAAAGCGUGCCAUCAUCGCUGCGACUCGUGAGACGAUCUUUCCGACUAAACCAUGUGCUUCUAAUCGUUUCAACCGUAUAUUAUUGUUGUGUAUUGAUGUUUUAUUUUACAUUAAUUAGCGCUACUAUUCCAACUGGUAACAGAUUGCGCAGACCUCAGAACAGAAGAAUGCAGUGAUGUCUCCGGCAGUAUCGGCUCGAAAGCUCGUGAUUAUAUUAGUGAAUGUUCUAUGAUUUAUCAUUCAGUGGCAUACCGCGAUCGCCAUCUGAUGUCGUGUUGCGUCCCAUUCCGUCGUCCGUGUCCAUGUCCGUGUAUCUAUUGCUGUGGGAAGUCGAAAUGAAACCGAUCACGGCGAAGAAACAACAACUUCAGUAGCAUAAAUCAUCUGGCGUCAGUAGGCGGGGGUGCUAUAGCAAAAGUGCUGAUAGUGAAUUGAUCGAUUUUCCAUAGCCUGCUAAGUUCCAUCCAGUUGCUUCUUGUGAGUGAUAUUUUUAUAGCCAGAGUGUCCAAAGAUGGAAAAAGAAAAAGUAAAGGCACAUCGGAAGCGUUCGUCCGAUUACAAACGGGAAAAUCUUCCGACUCCUCCGCCGGAUCCUACCCUCGGAAACACUGUGAUGUCAUCGGCCAGUGGCUUGGACAGCCAGCCAGACGAGACCGAUUCCGGCCUCGACAGUGAUCCCUUCAAACGGUUGUAUACUUACACGGAACGCGAGGGACAAUUUUUGAAAUUACUAUGUGAUAGUGAAACUGGUUCUAGUCUUCAUAAGAUCCUUCAUCCCACCACCCCUUCGUCACCAUCGGCAAUCAGCCACAGCAGUGUUAGUGGGGCAAAUGAGUCCUCAGAAAGCGUGGGAGGAACUUCGCCUAUCCCUACGGCACGCGGCGCUGAAGUUUACGGGGAAACGGCGUUCGAAUCGCCCAACGACUUCUUGAUGCUGCUGAAUCGCACUGGACCAUCAGUCGCGGCAGCACUAUCCACCAAAGGAGCUCUCGAUCAGCUCGAUCGUCUCCAUGAUCUCAUCAAGCAGCUUCUGAAACUUCAAGAACAAAACAUGCGCAUGCACUGGCAGCUCAAGAAUGUGGAAACGCUGCGGAAACUCAAGCUUAUGCAAAAUACGAUGAACAAAGAUCCAGAAUCGUUCUUGGCCAGUUCGCAUCAGCAACAACAACAUCAGCAGCCAGAAGAAGCUUCCGAUAAUGAUCUGUGGGACGCCGAAAUCGAGCAUAAUCUUGCCCUGCUAGAAACGAUCCUAGCAGCUGGCAACACUGCCAGCAACAAACGAAGCAGUUCGAAGAGGGAGCGCAGUAAAUCGGUCAUCAACGAGGACAUCUCCAGCUUCCUGCAGCACGUUGGUGGGUCUUCCGGCAGCAAGGAUGGUAGCCGGAACUACCCUCUGCGGCGUCAAAGUGCCAUCACCGACUUCAAGCCGAAGGUGUCCAAGUGGACCAAGGUGAAGGCCGCCUUCAAGUGGGAGAAAACGAGCGCCCUUCCGGUGCCGGAGCUGAAAACGGCUGACAAUCCGGUCGAGGCUCUGAUGAGUCCCGUCAACACCGAACUCGCACGUUAUCUGCGGGUGCCGUCAGUUCCGUGCGUCGGUAGUUCGGGCGAUUCGGUGUUCAGCUCGUCGUCGGGCAUCGUCAUGAGUGGGGGUUCUGGUCCGGGGACACCCGGUGAUAAUAGCCUGGCCAGCUCCGCCGAAGAUCUCGCCCAUUUGAACGAUGACAGUCGAACGGGAAUUCCAACGAAUAAACGAGAUUCGGUUAAAAGUGCCGACCGACCGCGGACUCACGAUGAGGAAUCCCGCCGGAGCAAAUCACUCGAUGGUGACGCAAUUCUGGAUCCCAUACGGCAGUUGGACAAGAAUAAAAAUAAGUCAGCAUGGAGUAAGGUGAAGGGUAUUGUGAAAAAUCAUCGAGGUUCACUAAAAUCUAACGGAUCGCAACGGAAUACCAAAAGUUCCAACAGUGUCGGAUGCAGCCGGGAGGCAAGUCCCUGCGAAUCGAUGGAAGCUUGCGAAUUGCAACGGGAUCGUUCCGAUUCGUUCUCUUCUAACCAAACUUCACCCGGUCAUCGGAACAAUACGCCUACCUUCCUUGCACUGCCAUCGGGAGACACGACGAGCUGUCCCAAUUCCCCCUGCGGAUCACUUCCGGCAACAUUUUCCAGUGAUGAUAACGAAUGGCGACCAGAGUGCAAAUUGAGACGUAGCGGGAGUGGCGAUCGAGGAACUUCUUCAUCUGGUAAGGAAACCGGUGGUGGAAGUAGAAAUUCACGCAAGAGUAAGCACAUCCCUGAGAUUGAAUCCGUACCUGAAGGAAUCCCGAUCGAUCCUAAGCACACAGCCAAGUUGAGAAAAUCUCCACCGAAGCCGUUGAAUCUGAAACAAGAAUCUCUAGCAAGUACCACCGACCUAUCGCUAUCAUCUCCUGGAUCGCAACGAGAAUACUCUAAGCAGUCGCCGAAGCGAAAGAGCUACGGAGGCGAUGAAACCUCAGCUCCAGAAAGCCCCUGCAAGGCGAUGGAAUUUUUCGAAGGAGAGCUGUUGGAAGAAAUGUCCAGUGAGGAAAUAUCCGACCAAAAUACUCCGCAUCGAAGGGCGUCGUUGAAGACACGAAACCUGCAACGGCAACGGGACGAAAUCAAGCGACGGUACAUGGAGCUGCAGAAAAAGUUACAACGGGAGUUCGAUGCUAAACAGCAGGAAUGGGACCGGAUACGACCGGCGGCCUUGUUGCUGACCAACAGUCCAAUAUUCUUCCUAGUGAACCAGCUUCUGCAAGAUUCUUCGCCGACAAGUCCCAAACGGGAGCAGCAGGCACCGAUCGUCGAGGAGAAUCUUUCACCUGAUUUCAAAAAGAAACUAGAUGAGUGGCGAAUAAAGCACGCACCUCAAUCGAAAAAGGAACUUCAACCAUCGUUGGCGGCUUUGCCAAAAGAACUGCAUGGUGAUCAGAAGAAAAAACCGACCACCGAUUGGCAACUUUGGAAGACGGGUCAAAUCAAGUUGGAAGGGCAGGGUUUAGCUCAGCUACCCAAUGCCAAGGAUCUUCCCGAAGAUUUCCAGAAAAAGUUGUCUGAAUGGAAACAGAUAAAGGCGUCAAACAAGGGCCCUUCCUACAGCACCCAAACCUCUCAAGUGAGCGAACACUCGAUGAAGAGACAGCAGAGCAAACCGACGGGAGCAAUACCCAAGAAGCCAAAAACACCGGACGAGCACAAGUCGGGCGAGGGACUGCUUAAGCUGAAAGCGUUGGUCGGCAGUGGUGCUGAAGCACCGAAGAAGGAGCUGGUGGUGCAAACCACCAAAGGGUUCAUAAAGUUCGAAGGAAUUUCACGAAAGUUCACCCGUCGGUUAUUCGAAUGGGAAAAAGCAAAGGGUAUAGGACCGGAGGCUUCAACCAUAGCUCUGCUGCAUCCAGGUUACGCUCCUGUCGUUGUGGAAAACAGUGACAAUCCGUUAGAAAACAAACGUGAGAAAUCUCCUGCCCUCGGUCGGUCUCUCUCGAUGGACAGUAUCUCUCCACAUCCUCCGGCGGCUUCUAUUUCUCACCAACCUUCGAGCCUUUCGUUGAACGAUGCUGACGAGCUGAAAGAGAUCAGCGAAACUGCGGGCAGUCGAAGGAUAUCGUCCAACCCCGAACUGGAGCUGUCGGUGGAACGAGAAGAACCCCGAGCGGUUCUGGUGGAAGUGGAGGAUGUUCAAGAAAGCGUCGAUCCCAUUGUCGAAUCAGUUGCUGCCGCUAAGCUGGUAGUCGCGAGUGGCCAGAUUAAACCAGAGCCUGGCUACAGUUCGAGACCAUCCAGCAACAGCAGUACAAUUUUGAAGGACUCUACCAAACUGCUGAUACGGCUGCGGGAGCAGGAUUCCGUUGAUCGGGACGAAGUGCGUCGUUUAAAGAUAGUGCUACGAGCACUGAUUGCCACCCUGCCGGAGUUCGUUGAAACUGGUUCCCGCGAUAGUAUUGCAUUUUUCGCAUACAUGAAAGAGCUCGCCUUGGAAAUUCUGCGCUACCUGUACAAGUUUGAAGAUUCUUCGUUGAAGGAUGCUUCCGAGAUUCUAGAAAAUGUUCAAACAAUCAACUCACACGUUGCUGACUUGAAGAAAUCACUCCAUUCCUAUAUGAAAUAUGCAUCGGGAAUAGCACGUCCAGAGGACGACAUCCCGAAGAUCAGUAUUACACCGGCCAUUGGAGCUCAAGCGACUAGUUCGAUACAGAAACCAAGCGACAAUCUACGAAGCAUGGCAACCAUAAACGUGACUCCGACUUUUGUUUGCAAUGCCGUUCGAGUUAACAGUUUGGAAAAGGAAAAAGAACGACCAAGACACUUUCCAAUCAGCUCAGAAUCCGACCCGGUACCACUGACGUCUCAUUCGCCCGAUUCUUCGACACAAAUUGAAGGCAGUUUGACGGAAGAUAAAUCAGUUGAUAACAAUAGUAAAAAGGUGGCACGAAAUUUGAGUAACGGUUCACGCAAAAAGACCCGAAUUAAAAGGAUGGGCUCUCGGCAAAACAGCAAAACAGAGAGUGACAGUAGUGACGAAAGCACGGCAAACUACGUAUUGGAGGUGCCUCGGAAAACGAAACGCAAAACAAGUCGGGCAAAGAAACCCAGUGACUCGACGGAAAAGUUACCUCAAACACCAGCACCACCACAAUCUGACGAUGUGGUAUUUAUUUUCAAGAUUAAGCAGGGUCAGAAGUCUGAAUCGACGGACAAACCGGUCGUGCCUAGUCAAUCGAUAAGCGUAACUGAAGAAAUUCUCAUCUCACCAACCGAAACAAGUGUUGAAAUGCAGGAAAACAAAACAAGCGCGAAUGCGGUAUGUUGCACAGCAAAUGUUCUAGUCAAAACGAAGCGGAAGAUUUUCUCCACUGUCGAUGGAGAACCGUUCAACAAUUCUCUGGUGAAUGUGGUCAGUCGAGAAGUCGAAUCGUCAAGUACUUCCGAUCGCAGCGAUCAACCAGAUUCGGGUGUGUUGAAGAACGAACAAAAAUUGGUGAUCAACUUGCCUCCGUUACCUCAAUCGCCGAGCACGCAACGGAGAUUGGAAUCAAAACUGGGCCCUCCUGGUAAAGAACUUUCGCCCAACAUUCGGCUCAUGAUUGCCAAGUACAAUCAACGACUGUCGACGGAGCGUUCCGGAAACUCUCCGCACAGUUCUGGAUCGUGUUCCCCGGUUGCAUGGCGAUCGCCGGUACUCGAUAGAAGGGUGAAGAUGCAAACUGAAAAGUACCAAGAAAGUAUUCAAAUAUCUAAGUCUGCCAGUGCGGGUAGUUUGCGUAAAUCUUUGCGACAGCUAGAAGCCGCUCAAAAAGCUUCCGAAGGUACGGGAGAGAUGAAAGAAACAGCGAAGGUUGUUAAAUCGUCUAGCACAGGAGCAAUUGAGAGUGGUAGACAGAAAAAAGAGGAGAAUGAUGACCAGCUCGAUAUACCGAAGAUGACUUUCCUAGCGUAUGACAGCUUGAGAAGAAAAGAUUCGCUCUCGCGAUUGGAGAAAAGAGAUUUAACACCAAGUGAAUCGGGAACUGGUAGAGUUGAGGUGUUGAAGAAAGAACGGUUGUACAAAAAGCGAACGGAAUCACCACAAGGGUUGGGAAGGGGUGUGGUUCGAAAGGUGCCAAAGGAAAAAUAUACCAGAUGUAGAUCCGUUCCCGGCGAACAAGUUGCCAUUCAAGAUUGUGUUGAGGAAAAACUUCAAGUCACUAGGAAAGCCGAUGGCAAACCACCAAGUCCACGUUUGGCCGUGCGGAAGAAAUCAACCGCCCAGGAUGCCUCACGAUCUGCACCGACUACGCCACUUGAUGAACAGAAAGGUUUGGUUCCGAUGAGUCAGCGAGCGUUGAAGCUGCGAAAGGCCAAAGAAGAGUUCCUUAGUUCAUCGGCUGCUCGAGCAGAUCAGCAGCAGGAGCAACACCAGCGUCAGCAAAUUUGGAACAACCGUAUCAGUCAAAUCAGUAUGGUUAGCACUAGUAGCGCGGAUGAUUCCGUAUUAAUGAAGAGUGCAAGCGCUGGAAUGAUAAACAGUGAACCGAUGGAUAGAGGCGAUGAAAGUCAGUCUGAGAACCUGUAUGAAUCGCUUACGAGAAAUCCCUCGGGAACUGGAGAUGAAACACCAUCUAGAAACACCAGUGUUCAUGGAAGCCGUUUUGGACUGUCGAAUUUAGCUUCCAAGUUGAGAAAGGUAAAACUGAGAAGAAGCAGCAAGGAUUUGAGUAAAAUGCAAACCAUAUCGACGCUGUGCAGACAAAGUUUGAUGGUCGACAUCAGUGGCGAAGCAAUGAAAAUGGGUAGCGAGCAGAACCUCGGGCAUCGAUCUUCCUCGACCGAACAGAAAGGGGAAACCUUGAAGAAGUCGGGAAGUGUGCAGGCGAUUUGCAAUCGUUUUCGCAAAACCAACGAAAGGAGCGAUGAGUUGAAAAAGAGUCGAAGUUUGGGAUUCCUGGAACCCGACCGUAAACAGUCCCAGUAGUGAAGCCAAAAACGGAUUUCACGUCUAAUAAAGUAUUACAAUUAAUCUUUGCUAGUGAGGAGCGAUCCUGUAAAGCAUAUACAUAAUUGGUUAUUUGUGUUUAUUGUACUAAGUACAGAGCCGGAGAAGAAAAAGAGAGAAACUCGUAAUAUUUGCUGUCACGUACUGAUUUGCAAUUGUGCCAAAGAAAUAAUGUAUGACAAUCUGAAAAUUUUCUAGCCACUUCUUCUGGUUAGUCAAUCGU